GACUAGACUCCUCGCUUUCUGUUUUCCAGUCAGCUUGAGUAGAAGGGUUGUCAAUGAUUAAAGUUUAGUCACAAACUGAUAUCCACCAACUGUUCGAUGAAAUGUCUGAAAGGAGUCAAAUUGCUUGAGAAAUAAAAUAAACACUUCCUUUUAGAGAGAGAAUUAGAAAGAUGGUGAUUCCACUGGCAGUGAGGCCACCCCGUCUCUUCGACUACCUCAAACCUUACGUCCUGAAGAUGCACUUCACGAACAAGUUUGUCCACGCUCAAGUCAUCCACUCACCAACAGCAACGGUGGCUUGCUCAGCUAGCUCACAGGAGAAAGCAUUGAGGGAGACAAUGAAUGUCACACGCGACGUGGCUGCUGCUUCAAAGAUCGGUAAACUCCUUGGCGAAAGGCUCUUGAUGAAAGAUAUUCCAGCUGUUACUAUUCACAUGAAGAAAGAGCAGAUGUAUCAUGGUAAAGUCAAGGCUGUCAUCGAUUCUGUCAGGGAAGCUGGCGUCAAGUUGCUUUGAUUAUUAUUCAACAACAAUCCUUGAUACCAAAUUAGUUUCAUGUUCGGAACAUUGUUAUUCUUUUUGGAUUGAGAUCAGAGUGGUGUCACAUAGAAAGUUAUAAGCAUUGACUAUUGAAUAAUAAGAUUAAUGGUGCUUUUUGCACAA